AAAUGAGAUUAUAAGUAAGAACAGCUUUGCAUCAUUGUUCCAAAAACUAAAGCACUAAAUCUCGGAUCCCCUUUCUUAAAAGUUUUAAUAUCUUUCUGGGUUUGUGGCUCAGUUGUAUAAUCAAUCUCCUCGUGGUCGUCGUAACAGAGAUCAUAUAGAGAAAGCAUGACUACAUUAGAUUUGUCUAGAGCUGAGCUUGCUCUUAUAGUCCUUUAUUUGAACAAAGCUGAGGCUAGAGAUAAGAUAUGCAGAGCUAUACAGUAUGGUUCCAAAUUCUUGAGUGGUGGGCAACCUGGUACUGCUCAAACUGUUGACAAGAACACCAGCUUGGCUAGAAAAGUUUUCCGUCUUUUCAAGUUUGUCAAUGAUUUUCACGGUCUUAUCAGUCCUGUGCCUAAAGGGACUCCGCUUCCUCUUGUCUUACUUGGGAAGUCCAAGAAUGCACUGGUGUCAACCUUCUUGUUUCUUGAUCAAAUCGUCUGGCUUGGUAGAUCAGGCAUAUAUAAGAACAAAGAACGAGUAGAAUUGCUUGGACGUAUAUCACUUUUCUGCUGGCUGGGAUCAUCAGUUUGUACAACUGCAGUCGAGAUCGGUGAGCUUGGAAGGCUCUCUUCAUCUAUGAAGAAGAUGGAAAAGGAACUAAAAGAUGAUGAAAAGCAUCAUGAUGAGCUGUAUCGUGCUAAGCUUCAGAAAACAAAUGACAGAACUCUAGCAUUGGUCAAAUCAAGCAUGGACAUUGUUGUAGCUAUUGGUCUGCUUCAAUUAGUUCCAAAGACUGUUACUCCUCGUGUCACUGGCGCUUUCGGGUUUACCUCCUCGCUUAUCUCUUGUUAUCAGUUGCUUCCAUCGCGCCCCAAGUUCAAGACACCUUGAAGCAAGAAGAAGCUUGUUGUCUAGGCCUUCAGAAUAAUUGUUUCAUAUUAUUUGUAAACCUGCCGUGUUCUGUAAUCUCAGGCUGUUGCUCCUUUGAUUGAAUGAAUUUGCUUUUCGUAUUCUCCUUUGCAAGUAUAAUGAUAACUCUUAAAAUAAGAUUGCAUAUGAUACUUCUUUCAAGCU